AUGCCUAAAGACAAAGAGCGGUCUGUGAACCCUGCGCAACAACAGCGCAAAUUGGACAAGGCCAAAGCUCUCAAGAAGGGCAAAGCCGAACUUCAAGCCCGUAGGAAUGAAAAGCUGGCGCGGCGGAACCCGGAUCGCCUCCAACGACAGGUCGACGAGCUCAAGGCGCUGGAGGAGUCGGGCAGCAUAAGGCCAAGGGAAAAACAGAUACUGGAGGGGCUGGAGAAGGAUUUGAGGGCUGUGAGAAAGGCAAGAGAGGCGCUUGGCGAGAAAGCGCCUCAAUAUGGCAAUCAAUCUGGUCCAGAGCGGAGAGAUGGUGGAGACGGCCGAGGUAAGGAUGGAACGCUAGGAAAGAGAAAAUGGAAUGGAGAGCGGAAGCAGUACUGGGUGAAGGGUCAGGAACAGAGCUCUGGAAGUGAAACAGAUGAGAGCGUUCGAAGAAUACCAAUGCCGAAGGAUACACCACCUCCGAUUCCAUAUCGCCGGGAUAAUCGUCAUGGUACCAGUGCAAAUGCAGAGCCAUUAGCAGGCAAUCGAAGCGGCGAAAGACAGUCGAAUGAUAGUUCCCCAGUUCCAAUCGCGGUGCAACCAAAGACGACGUAUGAAAGUGCACCACAGAUUCGAGAUUUGCGGAAGGAGGCCAUCGGAAGGUUUGUACCGAACGUAGUACGGAAGAAACAAGAUGCGAUCAAAGGCUCUGGGAUGCUCGUGGAACCAGAAGAGCUUGACAAGUUGGAGAGGGAGGGAUACAUUGGGCAGAAAGUUAAACAGAACCCCGAGGUUGUUCCUCAGCAGCCAUCGAGCCUACCAUCAACCGCUCCCAUUGACGCCAUUACGAACGUGGACAGUGAAGCUGAGGCACAACGCCUAGCACAAGAAGAAGAACGCUUCCGAAACGAAAUGAGACAGGUGGAGAUAGAGGAGGUUGAAGACGAGGAUAUAUGA